CUGGGGAAACCAUCCCUUGCCCCACCCUCCACCUGCCACCGCCCAGCAAGCCCUCCGGGAGAAAAGCCAUCCUUGCCUCCGGUGAAGGUCUUGGUGGGCCUCUCUCUGCGUUGGACCCCCUCUCUGUUCCAGCCUCCCAUGCCGAGGCCCACCUUGUCAGUCACUUCCUUUUGUCAUCGGCUUGGCAAACGGGAGAGAAAACGGAGCUUCAUGGGAAACAGCAGCAACAGUUGGUCCCAUGCACCAUUUCCCAAGUUGGAGCUGGGCCUGGGGCCCCGUCCCACGGCACCCAGGGAGCUGCCCGCCUGCUCCAUCUGCCUGGAGAGACUUCGUGAGCCCAUCUCAUUGGACUGUGGCCACGACUUUUGCAUUCGGUGCUUCAGCACACACCGGGUCCCAGGCUGUGAGCCGCCCUGCUGCCCCGAGUGCAGAAAGAUCUGCAAGCAGAAGAAGGGACUCCGCAGUCUGGGGGAGAAGAUGAAGCUCCUGCCACAGCGACCUCUACCCCCUGUGCUGCAGGAGACCUGUGCCGUGAGGGCGGAGCCACUUCUCCUUGUACGCAUCAAUGCUUCUGGAGGCCUCAUCCUUAGGAUGGGGGCCAUCAACCGCUGCCUGAAGCACCCCCUGGCCAGGGACACCCCUGUGUGCCUCCUUGCUGUCCUGGGGGAGCAGCACUCAGGGAAGUCCUCUCUCCUUGAUCACUUGCUCCGAGGCUUGCCGGGCUUGGAGUCCAGUGAGGGCAGCUGGCCCAGAGGAGGAGAGGGUUUCUUGCAGGGAUUCAGGUGGGGUGCCAAUGGCCUUACCAGGGGCAUAUGGAUGUGGAGUCACCCCUUCCUGCUGGGGAAAGAAGGGAAGAAGGUGGCUGUGUUCCUCGUGGACACAGGGGAUGCGAUGAGCUCUGAACUGAGCAGGGAAACAAGGAUCAAGCUCUGCGCUCUCACCAUGAUGCUGAGCUCCUACCAGAUCCUGAAUACCUCCCAGGAGCUGAGGGACACAGACCUGGAUUACCUAGAGAUGUUUGUACACGUGGCCGAAGUGAUGGGCAAACAUUAUGGGAUGGUGCCAAUCCAGCAUCUGGACCUCUUAGUUCGUGACUCAUCCAUCUCCAAUAAAGCAGGGCAGGGGCACGUGGGUGAUAUCCUGCAGAGAUUGUCCAGCAAAUACCCCAAGGUCCAGGAGCUGCUGCUAGGGAAACGAGCCCGUUGUUACCUCCUGCCCAAGCCAGGGAGGCAGUGGGUGAACAAAGGCCAAGGAAGCCCAGGAGGUGAUGCAGAUGAGGAUUUCUGUCACCUUCUUCAGCCCUACGUUUCUGAUGUUCUGAGCACAGCUCCCCAGCACGCAAAGAGCCGCUGCCAGGGAUACUGGAGCGAGGGGCGCACAGUGGCCAGGGGGGACAGACGCCUGCUCACGGGGCAGCAGCUAGCUCAGGAGAUCAAGAACCUCUCAGGCUGGAUGGGGAGAACGGGGCCAGGUUUCAGCUCUCCGGAGGAGAUGGCUGCUCAGCUGCACGACCUGAGGAAAGUGGAAGCUGCCAAGAAGGAAUUUGAGGAGUAUGUGAGGCAGCAGGACAUAGCCACCAAGCGCAUCUUUUCUGCUCUCCGGGUCCUGCCUGACACCAUGCGGAACCUCCUCUCCACCCAGAAGGACGCCAUCUUGGCCCGCCAUGGCGUGGCCUUACUGUGCAAGGAGAGAGAGCAGACCUUGGAGGCUCUGGAGGCUGAGCUGCAAGCCAAGGCCAAGGCCUUCAUGGACUCCUACACUAUGCGCUUCUGUGGCCAUCUGGCUGCCGUGGGGGGUGCCGUAGGGGCCGGGCUCAUGGGCCUAGCAGGGGGUGUGGUAGGUGCCGGCAUGGCUGCAGCUGCGUUAGCUGCAGAGGCUGGGAUGGUGGCAGCCGGGGCGGCAGUGGGAGCUACAGGGGCUGCCGUGGUUGGGGGUGGUGUGGGCGCUGGGCUGGCUGCCACUGUGGGCUGCAUGGAGAAGGAGGAGGAUGAAAGGGUGCUCGGAGGGGACCGAGAGCCCCUUCUCCAGGAAGAGUGACCAGCCUAGGACAUGUUAAAGGGCAGGAGAGAUGUGA